AUGGCAGGAGGAGAGAGAGGCCAUGCAAUAGGUAUUGAUCUGGGGACAACCUACUCAUGUGUGGCAGUUUGGCAGCAUGAUCAUGUUGAAAUCAUAGUGAACGACCAGGGAAAUAGAACCACUCCAUCUUGUGUUGCUUUCACUGAUGCAGAAGUAUUGGUAGGUGAUGCAGCACUUAACCAGAUUAUCAGAAAUCCCACGAACUCCAUCUUUGAUGCAAAGAGGCUAAUUGGUAGAAGGUUCAAUGAUACUUCUGUUCAAGAAGAUUUGAAACUCUGGCCUUUCAAGGUUAUUAAAGGUCUUUGUGACAAACCUAUAAUUGUUGUUACCCAAAAUGGUCAAGAAAAGAAGUUUGCUGCUGAAGAGAUUUCAUCCAUGAUUCUUGCAAAGAUGCGUGAGAUUGCUAAGGGCUAUAUUGGAUCAACUGUGAAAAAUGCUGUCAUCACUGUCCCUGCAUAUUUCAGUGACGCGCAGCGUCAAGCUACCAAAAAUGCUGGUGCCACUGCUGGCCUAAAUGUGAUUCGUAUAAUCAAUGAACCAACGGCUGCAGCCAUUGCCUAUGGGCUUGACAAGAAGGCUGGUUUGUGUUGUAAGAUAAAUAUUAUGAUAUUUGAUUUUGGUGGUGGUACUUUAGAUGUCUCGUUGCUUAACAUUGGAGAUGGUGUCUUUGAAGUGAAGGCUACAGCUGGAGACACUCACCUUGGAGGUGAGGACUUAAAUAACAGAAUGGUAAGUUACUGUGUUGAGCAAUUCAAGAGGAAGCAUAAAGUGGAUCUUAGUGGAAACCCUAGAGCUCUCAGGAGGCUACGAAAUGAAUGUGAGAAGGCAAAGAGAAGGCUCUCAUAUUCCUCUUCAAUUGGUAUUGAAGUUGACUGUUUGCAUGAGGGUAUUGAUUUCUCUACUAACAUUACUCGAGCCAAAUUUGAAGAUAUCAACAGGGAUUUCUUCAACAAGUGUAUGGAGCCUGUGGAGAAAUGUUUGAGUGAUGCUAAUAUGGACAUAAGCAGUGUCGAUGACAUUGUGCUUGUUGGUGGCUCUUCUAGAGUUCCGAAGGUACAGCAGCUAUUGCAGAAUUUCUUCAAGGGGAAGGAAUUGUGCAAGGGAAUUAAUCCUGAUGAGGCAGUGGCUUAUGGUGCUGCUGUUCAAGCUGCAAUCUUGAGUGGCAUUAGAACUGAGAAGAUUCGUGACAUAAGCCUCUUGGAUGUCACACCUCUGUCACUUGGCAUGGCAAGUGGCACACAACGUGCCAUGGGAGUUUUUAUUCCAAGAAACUCGAGAAUUCCCAUUACUGUGAAGCGAACUUCAACUACUACUUCCAAUGGACAAUGUAGUGGCAGGGUAGCCAUUUAUGAGGGUGAGAAUUCAGCAGCUGUGGACAAUAACUUUUUGGGUGAAUUUAUCUUGGAUGACAUUCCUCCAUGUCCCAUAGGUGUCCCUAAAAUUGAUAUUUGUUUUAAUAUUGAUGCUAAUGGUAUACUUACUGUUUAUGCUGAGGACAAGUCCACUGGUAGGAAGAGAGGGAUUACAAUUAACAGUGACAGGAGAUCUUUUGAUGGAAUUGAGGAGAUGAUAUAA